AUGUACUGGCCAAAUGGAGUCCCUAGAGUCUAUGCGGUCAAUGGCCCCGGAAUUCAAUUACAGGAAGUCCAUGAUGAUGCGGACAGCGAUGCUAACAAGCCCAAGGAGAGAGAGGAACGGGACUCCAGUGUGGAGCACACCAGGGCAACAACCGAGAGCAGCAUAGACAGCAGAGAAUCCUGGCCAGAUGAACCCGUAACUGGGCUUUGUGUUUCCCGUAACGGACACUUAUUUGCCACGAUGACGAAGUCCACCAUUGCAAUUUGGCAAACUAGACCGACAGCUGUGGUAGCCGCGGUCAAGCGCUCCGAAAUUUCAUUAGAAAGUUACGGCCCGAAUGCUGCCCUACUUCUGCGUCCGGACUCCGCCAUUGUCGUUGUACAGACGCUCCAUGGAUAUCUCAUCACUUAUUCCAUUGCGACAGAUGCCAAUUCACAUGUGUACCAACAACGAUUCUCCUCCCAUUCCAACCCACAUCGCCACCACUUUAGUCGCCAUUUUGUCACGGAAGAAACAAAUACCAUUCGGGAGGUUAGCUUUCGUUUCAGGGUUGUCAUAAAGGUUGAUGCAGGAAUUAGCAAAGCUCUGGCGCUGGACAAUGAGCUGAUGGUGGCGACGGUGAAACCAGCCGCUAUCCAGUUAAUUCGGUGGACUCCUGAUAAAACUGGAAAUCAAACGAGCACAGAGCUUUUAAGCCGGAUCCCAUUUAUUUCUAAGAAGUCUCCAAUUGUGGAUAUGGUCUACGACCGUGCUAUGAACCUUUUUCUGUGGAUCACGAGUGACGGGCAAACGUAUGCUGUGCAACGCCUCAGGGAUGAAGAAGAACAUUCAGCCGAGUCAAAGACCCGGUUCAGGGGUCAUAGGUUCCAUACUCCUGAAAAUGACGGACAAAAGGCUCUUCACAUGGCUGUGAAUGCGAGAUUUUCUCUACUCGCAGUGUCCUGUAAAAAUGGCGAGGUGUUUGUUUACGUAGCGAAAGAUUAUAUGGGAAACAUACCGCUUUCGCAUAAGCUCGAGCUACCCGCAUCGCCAGCGUCUAUGGGUCCUACAUCAUUUAUGAGCUAUUCUCCUGAUGGGUAUUGCAUUUUCGCAGGAUAUGAGUCUGGAUGGGCCACAUGGAGUGUGUUUGGUAAACCCGGCGGAACUAGCUUUACUACCGACCGUGAGCUAGCCACCAAAAAUGGCGAGGCUUGGUUGACUGGAGUUUCUAUGGGUUGUUGGAUUGGUGGUGGCUCAUACAUCAUCCUGAUAGCACCAGAUACUAGCCAUAUCUGGAUGUUUGAAACAGCCCGUAGUGCUCUGACUGGAUGCUUCUCCUCGGCGAACAUGGCGAGAGCGUUAUUGCAAACGGGGACGGAAAUCAUUUUGUAUCGUGGCCACGACUUACCAGAUCUCACUACUAUAUCGGGUAAAGAUUACCUCUGGCAUCAUGCGCAGUAUCCCCCUGCUUACCUCCAUGCUCAAUGGCCAAUCCGGUCUUGUAUUGUUUCUCAAGAUGGCCGAUAUGUGGCCAUUGCUGGCAGAAGAGGGUUGGCCCAUUAUAGUGUUCAGAGUGGGAGAUGGAAAACAUUCGAUGACUUGAAAGCUGAAGAUUCUUUUGCUGUUCAAGGGGGGAUGUGUUGGUAUGGACAUAUCUUAAUCGCUGCUGUUGAAUGUGAUAAUUCCUACGAGUUACGGCUAUACUCUCGUGAGCUUUCCCUUAGCAGUUCUUCUGUGCUAUAUACCGAAACUCUUCCUGCUCCUGCGGUAUUUAUUGGACCCUCAGGAGAAGACUCGCUCCUGGUUUACACGUAUGAUAAUAUAUUAUAUCACUACGUGAUAAAUGCCACUCAAACGAAAAUCAGCCUUGUUCAGGUUGGCCAGAUAGCCUUUCAUGGCAUCGUUAGAGCGCCAACGCGAGUUCGUGCUAUCAGCUGGGUAUUGCCCGACAACCAGCUUCGAGAUGGCGACCCAUCCCAGGACGUAUCUGUCGCAUCAGUUUUGUUCCUCGUUGACGGAAAACUUGUAUUGCUACAACCAUCAGUUUCAGAGGAGGGUGAUUUAAAAUAUGACAUGCGCAUUGUUGCUCAUGAUGUGGAGUACUACAUUUUAAUGCGUGAUCAGCUAUCUUUCAACUUCGCUCCACCCUCCGACGAACCAACCACUCCAGCAGUGGGAACACCAGUUAACGUUUCCCAGACCGACAUAUCCCUAAGAGAUUCUUUGUGGAUAUUUUGUGGUCAAGAUUUACUCGUAUGGGGUGACGUACAGGAUGUUCUUCGUCCAGUCAAAGGUUCUCCAAAUGAGACAGCAAAGCCCCUACCGAUACCGGUUGACUUUUACCCAUUGUCUAUACUUCUUAAUAAAGGAGUUGUACUUGGGGCAGAGCCUGAAAUGAUUCAGAGACGAGAUGCCACGUUUUCCCUCCUUCGAUUUGCAAUUAGAACACAACUGUUCCUACCAUACCUCCUCCAGCACAAUCUAGAUGAUGAAGUAGACAAUCAAGAUCGCGAAGCCCAGCAGUCUAGUGCACCAAGUCACCAGAUGUUGCCUGCUGUGCUUUCCUUCUUGCAGUCCGCUAUUCCAACCGAUGUUUAUCUGGAAAUUCUGGUUCAGUGUACCAGAAAACAGAACUUCGAUCAUGGCGUACCCUUGCUUCAAGCGUUUGAUGAGAAAGAGGAUGGAGAUGCAGAGGGGAUCGAAGAUUCCGUCAUACGCCUUCUCCAACUAGCUUCACAGAGAGGCGACUGGGAGCUCUGCGGGGAGCUAGCCCGUUUCCUAAUUGCCUUAGACGGAUCCGGGCAGACGCUCCAGCGUGCAGUUGUUAAGGUUGGAUUGAGAAAGGAAAAUCAGUCGUCGUCAGACGCUUUAGACGUGAGCCAUGUCGAUCGCGGGCCGACACCCUCAACUAGAACUUUGGGGCUGGCCAUCAAUCUACUGGAUGAAGCCUCCAUGACAAAGGAGGAAGGUAAACGGUGUUCCUUCGCCACCUAG